AUGCCGCGUCCCCCACUUUCACCUGCCGUGCGACCGGUAAAUCCAGUCCCUAAGAAGGAUGUCAAGGUGCGCGAUGGGCGCACAGUCCUCGGGCGCGUCAAUGUCAACGCGAGUGCGACGGCAUCCGCCACACUCCAGAAGCGUAUUGCUCGCCCAUCACCCACUAUCAACAACCUCAAGGCCAAACACCCCGUCCCGCGCCCCGCGGUGGUCGCAGAUGUGUUUGGCGACCCGAAGCCGCAGCUCGGGAAGCGUGCACGCGCCGACGUGCCUGCCCUGCCCGCCAAACGGUCACGCGCCGACCCAUCCGCCGUCAAGGCCUUUCGGCAUGAGCAGGAGAAGUGGACCGCCAAGUGGCAGGCCGCGUUCCCGACCCUCACGUUCCACUUUGAACUGGGCGCCGAAGAAGGCCAGGGGCGCGGGCUGCGGGAGCGGGCCAUCAAGCUCGGAGCGCGUAUCGACCAGUUCUUCUCACGCAGAAUUACCCACCUCAUCGUCAAGAACGUGCAGUCACCACAGAAGCCGCGUGCGGCGGCGAUGAAGCGCGGGCAGUCUGACAACCCCUUCAUCCAGCAGGGCCCAACCGACCUCCGCUCCAAGGCCGAGGAGUACGGUAUCAAGGUCUGGACGGUCAAGAAGCUCUCGGAGAUGCUCGAUACUUUAGACCCCAUCAAUAUCGUCGAGCGGGGCAGCUUGUCACACAUGCUCGCUGACGAAAGGCUGCAUGGCACGCGCGAAAGGGACGAGUCGGCACCACGCCCCGACCACUACUACUUCCGGCCUGGGAGCAAGUACGUGCUCAUCGAGGACGGAACGGGCAAGAACCGCACCAUCAUGGUCAAGGAGUACAGCGCAAAGGAGCAAGACUGGCCGGUUCUACACGAACAGUUUCUGCGUUUGACGAGCUCUUGCGCGUUACCUCGCUCGAUCAAGAGCACCGACCAUCUCCAUCGUGACCUCCGCGCUCGCGCCAUGGCACUGUACGUCAACCACGAACAUUACAAUGGCGAAGAGCCCCCCGCGCCGAGCCUUAAGCGGUCUGCGUCGGAGCGCGAGUUCUCCGUUCCAGCGCUCCCCGAGCCCGAAGAGUUACCUUACGUCAAGGCGUCGGGCAACAGUGUCGUCCUCACGUCCAACAUUGCGUCGACGUCGACGAACAACACCAACCACACACCGGGCGGUGUGUUAGUCCAGCACCAGGCUGGUGGCCGCCGGGGCGCGAUGCAGGUCUCCAAGCGCGUUGAAGUGCUCAAGCGCAACCUUCCUCCUUCCCGCACUACUGGCGCGGUAAAGCGUCCUGACGCGCUCCCGCGUCUUCCUGGCAUUGGUCGCCGCAAGUCGACAGCAGACCUGCCGAGUUCGUUCUCCGCCAAGGAGUUCAUGUCGCAGGCCGAGGUCGUGACUAUGCUACAUGGCAUCCGCAACCCCACCACCCUCGCCAAGCCGAGCUAUGACGAGCGUCUCGCGAACCGCGAACUCGUGGAGGCGGGCCAGAAGCGCAAGGAACAGGACACAGCGAGCGGGUACUGUGAGAACUGCCGCAUCAGGUACGCCGACCUAAGCGUACACAUGGCGUCGCGCAAGCACCGGCGCUUUGCGCUCAACGCGGCCAACUUUGCCGACCUCGACGAGAUGCUGCACUGUCUCCAGCGUCCACCCAACCCAAUCAUGUGCGUGCAGACAAAGGUGUGCCGCCCAUGCCAUCGCGCGCACACCAAGGACGCCCAGUGCGGGCGCUGCAUGGAUGACGCGGACCUGUAUUCGUCUCCGCCGCCAAGCGAGGCGUCACCACGCAGCAAACACCACUUGUUCUACGUCCGCGAGGACGUUAGCGAGCUCGUUGAGUCGGAGGACGACGAGGGGAUGAACGAGGACGAGACGGAGGAGGCCAACGACGAAGCGGCCGAGGCGGCCGACCGCGGGUAG